UAGUCAAAAAAUUGUUUGCUUUAUUUCAGAUUUGGUACCGAACUUUAACUCAGAUUCAUGGAUUUAUCACAUGAAUCAACGCAGCUUCACUUUACAUGUCCAUAUUGUACAAAAUAUUUCAAAUUUCCAACUCAGUAUAUAAAACACAUUUCUUUAAUACAUGCAAAUUCGAGAAAUAAUUAGCCUUGUCCGUACAAUGGCUGUUUCAGAUAUUUCAAAUCGGAAUCAUCUACUAAAAGCCAUGUUUAUAGACUUCAUAGAGAAAAAAAUAAUACACCACUUAAAGAAUUUUUCUUCUGCCCAUCAUGUAAUAUUAAUAUUAGUUACACUUAUAAUUCUGUCAUAAACCAUAUUUCAUCAGACAUCCGGACAUUAGGGUUUUCUUUUUGCCCUAUAAAAUUCUGCACCCGAAGAUACACAAAUGAGAAAUCAUUUCGUUCGCAUAUGCAUAGGCAUCAUUCAGAACGAAAAGAAUGCAUUUUUAAAGACGAGCACCGUGUGAAUAAUGUUGAAAAUCAAAAUGAGUUUGGAAAUGACAGUGCUUUCGGCACAGUAAAUUCAAAUUUGCAAAAAUUACUUCACAAUAAGAAUGCUGAAGAAAAUUUAGAUGUUCUAUCAUAUAUUAACUAUGAUAAUUUUCUGGCCUGCUUUGCUUUAAAAAUGGAAGCCAAAUUAAACAUGAGUCAGACAGCUAUAACAGAAGUUCUGUCAGACAUUUCUAAUCUACUUCAAAUGAAUUCUGCAUUGAAACUUCAACAGAUAAAAUCUUUGGCUUCUCUUAAAGGAGUACCAGCUAAUGCAAUAGAUGAGAUAUUAUCUGAAAGCAUAGAUAAUAAAAGUAUACUUGAAUCAUCUUUUUCAGAUGGAAUUUUAUCUUCGAGUUAUAAAAGAAAAUUAUACAUAUCAAAUGGGAUUUUCCUGAAAGUGAAACCAGUUGAAUAUCGAGCAGGCGACAUAAAUGGAAUUCCAAGGUUUUAUGUAUAUAUACCCAUUUUAGAAUCUCUUUCAAACCUAUUAAAACAUGACAGCAUUUUGUCAGAUGUUUUACAGAUAAAUCAACCUAAUAGUAAAAUGUUUUCUGAUUUCAAUAGCAGCUACUUUUGUAUGAAAAAUGAAUUAUUUUCAUCAGGUAUUACUUUACAAUUGCAUCUCUACUUAGAUGAAAUAGAUAUUUGUAAUCCACUUGGAAUGUACAAAAGCAGACAUAAAAUAUCAUGCCUUUAUUACACACUUCUUAACAUCAUUCCCAACCAUCGUUCACAAUUACAAGCUAUUCAACCAUGUCUCUUUAUAAGAUACACAGACAUGAAAAAUUUUACUCUACAGAAUACAGUGAAACCUCUUCUAGAAGAUUUGAAGGUUUUGGAAACUCAGGGGAUCUACGUUGAAAAACUAGGAAGAUGCUUAAAAGGAAGUGUUGCUUAUAUUUCUGGAGAUAAUUUAUCAUCAAAUUUUCUAGGUGGAUUUAGCACAUCCUUUUCAUCAAACACCUCUCGCGUCUGCAGACACUGUCUUAUUCAAAAGCAAGAUAUUGGCAAAGUAAACAUUGAUUCAAUUAAGAGGACGAAAAAUAAUUAUGCUUAUCAUUUAUCUCAGAUAGCUAUUGAUAAAAGUAAUGAAGUGAUAUAUGGUAUUAAAAGCAAUUGCCCAUUUAAUGAGCUCAGAUAUUUUCACGUCACUGAAGGAUUACCUCCUGAUGCAAUGCAUGAUUUGCUGGAAGGUAUUGUUCCGUAUGAGAUAUCCCUGAUAUUAAAACAUCUUAUAUUAGAUAAUUAUCUGAAUUUUGACUUACUGAAUGAACGUAUUAAAUCUUUUGAUUUCAAGGGGUCUGAUAAAGCGAACAAAAUUUACAAAAUAGACCCUAAUUUUAGUGCUAAGAACACAAUAGGUGGUAAUGCUUCAGCAAAUAAAACUUUAAUAAAACUAUUACCACUUAUGAUUGGAGACCUUAUUCCAGAAGAUAAUUCAUGUAAUUAUUGGAGCUUGUUAAUUAUAUUAAAAAACAUAGUAGAAUUGGUAUUAUCUCCGGAACUGAGUUUAGAGAUGAUUUCAUACUUAAAAUACUUAAUAGACUUACAUUUAUCUAUGUUUAUUGAUAUUUUUCCUAAUGAAAGACUGAAAAUCAAACAUCACAACCUGGAGCAUUACCCUGAAGCAGUCAUGAAUUUUGGCCCCCCACCAGUUAAUUAUUGGUGCAUGAGAUUUGAAGGAAAACACUGUUACCUUAAGUCUAUAUUGAAAUCAGGAGGAAAUUUCAAAAAUCCUCUGAAAACAGCAGCUGAAAAAAUUAGUCUUUUGUCAGCAUACCACUUAUCCGGACAAAAGUUUUUCAAUCCAGAAGUAGUUACUGGUAAUACAACUCCAAUCCAUAGAUCUUUAAUUAAAGCACAACUAUUAAAUAAUUUAGAUCAUAUAAAUACGAAACAAAGUUUCUAUACACAGUGUAAAAAUAUCAAGAUGAACUAG